ACCAACCAAACAACAUUAUUCCAACGGGUCCAAUGUUGCAGCCAACAACAUGCAGCAAACAGCAGCAGCAGCAACAGCAGAGGCAGCAACUAGCAAUCGCAGCAACAGCAGCAGCAGCAGCAGUGGGAGCGCCAUUCCCAGCUAGAGAUCAUGGAGCCUUAGCAGCAGCCACUGCAACAGUAGCAACUGCAACUGCAGCGGCAACAGCAGCAGCAGCUGCAGCAGCAGUAACCAAACGCAAUAGCAGCAACUUUUGGAGCAGCGACAACAACAACAUGUUGCCCGCUGAUAGCAGCAGCAGCAGCAGCAGCUGCAGCAGCGGCAGCAGCAACACAACGAUAGACUUCAACAGUCGCCGAAGGCGGGGGCGUCUACGGGAGGAUCAUGCCUCCUGGAGCCUGGCCGAUCAGCAGCAGCAGCAAGCUACGAUACUGGACGAGUGUGUACAUAUUUUCAAGCGCUUAGUAUUAUUAACCUUAAAAACAAUAUCAGCAACAACAACAACAAAAGCAACAAUAACGAAAGCAAAGACAAGAAGCAGAGCAGCAGCUUCUGCAACAUCUCGUGGUGCCUCUAAUCGCAGCCGCUGCCACAGUCGCUGCCUCCGCCUGCCGGUCUACGGCAUCCUGCUGCUAUGCAUUGCCAGCCAGGGAUUGGGAUUGGGAGAUGCUGCCAAGCCCAAGUCGGCAAAGCAGCAUUACAACAGCAACAGCAAUAGUCAGAACCAGAACCAGAAUCAGAACGAUGUCCUGGGCGGUGUGGGCGCUCCGGUUCAGACUUCUGUCGAGGACGAGGCCGAGCUGCUAUAUCCCUUCCAGUCCGGGGAGCAGAUGUUCGGCCUGGAGGAGGACCAGGAGCUGGAACGGCAACAGGAGCGUGACCAGGAGCUUCAGCCCGGCUCCUCCGAUGAGGAUAAUGCGGCCAAUCAACGUGGUAUCAAUGACACGCACAACGAUAACUCGACCACCACGAAAACGCCACUAUUCCCGAAAGACCUAUUCACGAAAGAACAGCUUGAGAACGGCGCUGUCAUCCUGCACAUCAUUGGGGUGAUCUAUAUGUUUGUGGCGCUGGCCAUUGUCUGCGAUGAGUUCUUCGUGCCUUCCCUUGACGUAAUCAUUGAAAAGCUCGGCAUCACGGACGAUGUGGCCGGCGCAACGUUUAUGGCGGCGGGUGGCAGUGCCCCCGAGCUCUUCACCAGUGUGAUUGGCGUUUUCGUGUCGUUCGACGACGUGGGCAUUGGUACGAUCGUUGGCUCCGCCGUGUUCAACAUCCUGUUUGUGAUCGGCAUGUGUGCGCUGUUCUCGAAGACGGUGCUAUCGCUAACGUGGUGGCCCCUAUUUCGUGACUGCUCCUUCUACAGCAUCAGUUUGCUGGUGCUGAUCUACUUUUUCCGGGACAACCGCAUCUUCUGGUGGGAGGCGCUCAUCCUUUUCACCAUCUACAUCGCCUACGUGACCUUCAUGAAGUGGAAUGUCCAGGUGGAGACGUGCGUCAAGAAGAUGAUUACCAAAAACAAGGUGACUCGCGUCCGAAGUACAGAUCAACUUAUGCCAGCAGGUAAUGCGGCCAACUCCUCGGAAACAUCGAUGGCCACCCAGCCGGGCGGCUCGGUGACAUCGCGUGCGGCAAGCGAAACCCGCUCGGGUCCGCCGGGCUCGAGCAACGCGGGCGCCACAGGUAAUAGCAGCGGCGGGGGCGGCACCUCGGGUAGUACUCAGACCGGCGCCAAGUUCCGCCACGGCCUGUUACAGCUAAUGAUACACACGAUAGAUCCACUACACGAUGAUGAUGUUCCAGGCAAAGUGGACGAGAAGGCGACACAGCUGCACGCCAUCGCCUCGCUGAAGGUGCUGCUGGAUGCCACCAAGCCGCAGCGCGGUGGUGCCACCACCUCGGCGGCCAAUCACGUCAAGAUCAACCUCAAGGAGACCACCAUCGGGGAUCGUCCCAACGGGAAUAUCGACACCACCCUCGACUCGCCAUCGUUGAGUGGUCGACGUCCUAGCUGGAUUGAGCAGAGGGUCAAAAUUCAGACACGCAAAUUUAGCAUCAAAGCGCCCGAAAUCGAGGAUGAGCCGGAACCACUAAGCAUGGCCUGGCCGGAUACGGCGCGAAAGCGUCUCACCUAUGUCCUGGUGGCCCCACUUCUGGUGCCCAUGUGGCUAACACUGCCCGACACGCGGACGCCGCGCGGCAAGCGCUUCUUUCCGGUCACCUUCAUAGGCUCCAUUGUGUGGAUAGCUGCCUUCUCCUACCUGAUGGUCUGGUGGGCCAAUGUGGCCGGUGACACGGCACGAAUUCCGCCCGAGGUCAUGGGCCUGACCUUCCUGGCAGCGGGCACAUCCAUUCCGGACUUGAUUACCUCGGUGAUUGUGGCACGCAAGGGAUUCGGCGACAUGGCCGUGUCCAGUUCCGUGGGCAGCAACAUAUUCGAUGUGACCGUGGGCCUGCCCAUACCGUGGCUGCUGUAUGGCAUCAUCUAUGGGGCACCCGUGGAGGUGAACUCGGUGGGCAUGGUCUGUUCCAUAACCAUCCUGUUUAUGAUGCUGGUGUUUGUGGUGCUAUCGAUAGCCUGCUUCCGCUGGCGCAUGAACAAGGGACUGGGCUUCACCAUGUUUCUGCUGUAUUUUGUCUUUGUCGCCGUCUCGCUGAUGUUCGAAUACGAUCUAAUCACUUGCCCCGUGUAAGGGGGCAAGGACAAAGACAAAUAUACCGGGCAGUUACCGUGGACACCCCGGGUGUUCAAAAUGGAUGCGAAUGCGGAGGAUCCAGGAGGAGGGUGCCCCAAAGGAUACAACCUCACAUCCAGUUAGCUAAACUAUAUACAAGCGAAUUAAUGAACGGAUAGUAAAUUAAUUAACAAACAAGGACUACAGCUAAAUAAUCGAAUUGUUAAAACACACAUACACACACAGGAUACAGGACACAACACAGACACUCACUCAGCCACAGACACAAUCACACACAUCAUGAUGAUGAAACUUAACGUUAACAAAUGCGAGUUAGUUAGUGCCAGCGUUUCUUUUUCGAAAGACAUUUACUUUAAAGUGUUAGCCGCGCAGCUUCUUAACGCAAGCCCUACACCGACACACACCCUAUACUCUACAAAAGAAAAGAAAAAACAAAACCUUUGCUCCCGAUCCUUGUGUCCACUAUCCUCUGUCAGCUAUCGUAUCUGCUAUCUCUACCUACAAACCAUAUAUUAGCGAGACAAUGGCUUCCCAACCACGACCACUCUCUCUCUCAAUCUCUUACUAAACUAUCUAAGCUAUUUGGGUUUUAACUACGAAUAUAUAUAUACGAUAUCUUGGCACAAAUGGGCACCCCCUAUAUACGGUAUGAAUGAUACGAUACGAUACGAUACGAUACGAUACGGUAUUGAUAACGAUAUGAUGGGAUAGAAUGUGGAGCGAGGAGCGCAUACAUGACAUACAAACGUGUUUUGUGUUUGAUCGAGCAAAUGCCUUUCAGUUGCGUGCUCUACUACGAUUUUCUCCUAAAGCUUUAUCCAGAGCCUCUCUCUAUCUCUAAACUCUAUCUAGUUUACGACUUGUACGCAUAAUACUUAUAUACCCCCCACUCACACGCACACUUACAUGGCAUACUAUAUAUAUAUAUAUAUAAAUAUAUAUUGAUUAAGUGAUAAUUUGCGUACGAACGAAUCGAGAAACAAAAGAAAACAAAAAAGAAUAAGCUAUAUAUACUCGGAACACGUAGGGAAUGCUACUACCUAAAACAUUUGCCAUACAUCCGAACCAGAGCAUUAUGAUUAUCGAUUAUAUUAUCAACCGAUUCCAGAGUCCGAUUCUAAUUCCUAAUUCCUAAUUCUAAUUCCUAAUUCUAGUUAUGGUUAUGAUUCUAGUUCUGAUCCUAAUUCCAAUUCUGAUUCUUGUUGGCGUGUAGAGGAGAGGAGCAGAGUUUAAAUUUAACUUUAUAUUGAAACCAUGUUUAUUAUAUAGACUAUAUUUCGAAUCCAAACAAAAAAAACCAAAUACUAAGCCUAAAAAACGAACAAAAAAAUUAAGAAAAAAAAACUAAGGAAACUAAUUUCAUAUACUUUUUGCUUAAUGAAGUCCCCCAAGUACAUAUAUAUAUUUAUAUAUAUAUAUGAGCAUAUUAACGUAUUUAUAUAUAAACGACAUAUAAGACGAUAUAUUUAACGAAAAUAUGAAACAAAAUCAACUUGCUCUCUUUAUUUAGAAGGUACGUAACAUUUUUCUAAAGCUAAAAACUAAAAACUAAAGAAACCCCUAAAAAUGGCCGCAAAGAAAUGCUAACUGGAGGCGAAAUCCAAGUAAAUUAACAUAAAACGCAUACAUAUAUACACCUAAUUAUAUACAU